CGUCAGUUUACGACAACUUGGGAGAGCGAACCUGGCUGGCGUUCAUCGCUCCGGGUUCUUGGUCCCCCACGUGGAGCUCUGUCGGCGUUCCGGCGAGUAAUUCAUUCCUCUUAACGUGGAACAGCCGCUUUGAAAGACAGAGUGGCAGCGGGAGCCCAGGGCAGUCACUCGAUGGAUUCUGCUGGUGAAACUGAAGGGACGUCGGGAGAAGAUCAACGUGCAGCCGAGGGGGCGCCGCGAAUGCCCGAGUCCCAGUCCGGGGAGGAGGGAGGCAGGGUCGUAGCAAGGAUGGAGGAGGCCAUCUGUGCAGAGAUGGGGAGUAGACUGACAGGUGAUGGGAAGGAGGGAAGUGGACAAAGAGCAGAGGAAAUGCGAGUGGACCUAACGGUUGUGAAGCAAGAAGUCAUGGACUGGUCCGAGAUGGGAGAAGGUAUGUUGGGCGGCCAGUGGGUGAAGAAGGAGCUGGAGGAUGCACCUGACGUGAAGGAGGAGAAACCGGGCACAUCGGAGGUGAAACAGGAGGUGGAUAGUAGCUUGGUGGUGAAAGAAGAGAAGGCAGAUGAGCUACAAGUAAAGAAAGAGAAAGUGGAGGUGAAAGAAGAGAGUGUGGACUGGCUGGAACUGAAGGAAGAGAAGGAUAACUUGGAAAUAAAACAGGAGAUGUUUGAUGGUCAGGACAUAAAAAAGGAGGAGGUGUUGGAUGAAGUGUGUGUAAAAGAAGAGAAAUAUUGCCCAAAGAAAGAAGUGAUGGAUGAUACAAAGGUGAAAGAAGAGCUUCAGAUAAAUCUGCCUGUGGGCUGCAAGCGGAAACUGGCUAUGUCAAGGUGUGAAACUUGUGGUACAGAAGAAGCAAAGUACAGAUGUCCACGUUGUAUGCGUUAUUCCUGCAGUUUGCCCUGUGUCAAGAAACACAAAGCAGACUUCACAUGUAAUGGAGUUCGGGAUAAGACUGCAUAUGUUUCAAUACAACAGUUUACUGAAAUGAAUCUCCUAAGUGAUUAUCGAUUUUUGGAAGACGUGGCAAGAACAGCAGACCAUAUUUCUAGAGAUACUUUCUUGAAAAGACCAAUAAGCAAUAAGCAUAUGUACUUUAUGAAAAAUCGUGCCCGAAGGCAAGGUAUUAACUUAAAACUUCUACCUAAUGGAUUCACCAAAAGAAAAGAGAAUUCAACAUUUUUUGAUAAGAAAAAACAACAAUUUUGUUGGCAUGUGAAGCUUCAAUUUCCUCAGAGUCAAGCUGUGUACAUAGAAAAAAGAGUACCAGAUGACAAAACUAUUAACGAAAUCUUAAGACCAUACAUUGAUCCUGAAAAGUCCGAUCCUGUAAUUCGUCAAAGGUUGAAAGCCUACGUUCGCUCUCAGACUGGGGUCCAAAUUUUCAUGAAAGUCGAGCAUACACAGCAAAACUUAGUAAGAUAUUAUGAACUGGAUCCUUGCAAAAGUCUCCUUGACAAUUUGAGGAAUAAAGUGAUCAUUGAGUAUCCAACGUUACAUGUGGUAUUAAAAGAAUUCAGUAGUGACAUGAAAAUUCUUCACCAAGUGAAAAGUGAAUCUACCAAGAACACUGGCAAUGAAAAUUGAACACUUAUUCUGGAGGAAGACUGCAAAAAUUCCCAGACUAUUGCAGAGGACUCUGCGCUGAUAAGCUAUUGGAUAAUUGGGAUGUUGUCUGUGGUGAUUGGAAUUUUUUGUUUCUUUGAAAAGUAAUUAAACAGUCUAAGGAUUUUUGGGUUUGUUUGGCUUUAUGGAAAAGAUAUUUCUUACCCCUUGACUGUAAGGCCCUUAUUCAUAUUAACAAUCCCCUCCUUUUUUUUAAUGAUUGCAUAGUGCUUAUUUUAAUUAGGCCUUGGCUUUCAAUGUGCUUAAUUUUAUAGGCUGAAAACUUUUUUUGUUGUUUUAAUAUAAGAGCAACACAAGGAUAUCUGUGUCAGCCACAAAGUUUGGCAUUCUCUUUAGUGGAACCUCACUAAACAGAAAGAUGGUACAUCAUCUAGCCAUCAGGUACCCCCAUUCUAGUCUUUAUGAUUUAUAUGUGAUUUUCCUCUUAAGUCAACUUAAUGGGUCUUUUAUACUUGCAUAGCACCUAGUACAAUGUUCUAUAUGUAAAGGCUGAUUAAAUACUAGUCACUACUGUUUCUUAUAUCCAUUAUAGAAAAUCAGUGGCAAUGAAUUGUUGCUUGAACCAUCUCUACACACAAAUUUGGCUCUACUUAUUCAUAAGCUGUAUCUUAUGAAUUCUGUGUCUUUCAUCCAGUUCCCACUCCACUCUUGUCAUUACCACACAGGGAUGUUAUGAUGAGUAUUUUAUGCUGUGUUUUGAAAAAUCUAGCAAUAACUAAGUUGAAAACACUUGGAAGUCUUCAAAGUGUUACUGGAAUGUAUAUGUGUAUUUAUGUUUAUACAUGACAAUGUAUACCUUAUGGCAGCUCUGUAUACAUUAUGAUUUCACAUGUUGAAAUUAAGGUUUCCUAGUUUUAUUGGAAUUUAUACAGUUAUGAAAUUGCAAUAUGACUAUAAAAGUAAAUGAUUAUUACAUCUGUAUUGCAUCUGUGUACUUAAUGGUUAAAGAAAGAGUAACAAAAUUGGACAUUGGUAAAGUUUAUUUUUAAUAUACAAUUAGAAUAAUUUUAGACCAAAAGUAAACUAGAGUAUUAAUUAAAGCAUCUUGAAGAUAUUAGAAAUACAAAAAGAUAAUAGAAGAAAUAUGAAAAGAUUAUUAGAAAAGAGCAUAUGAGAAACUUGUAGAACACACACAUACACGUAUAAGUAUAUAACUUGGGGUAAAAAUUAGAGACAAUAAUUCAAAAAUGGAGCUGCAAAGACUCUUGGUAUAAAAGGAUGAUUGGAAAUGUGAUUCAUAGAAAAUAAGGCCUUGCCAUUUAAGAAAUAUGUUUCCUACAUCAACUUCAGGAAUCUUCUCAUAUAGUAAAAAACUGUGUAUCAUUACAUUAUUCACAGUGUUAAUGGAAAGACAGAGAAAUGGGAUUUCAAGAGUCAUAUUUAAUCUAUAAUUGCAAUUGGUAUUAUUGAAACAGGCAAGAAAUAGGAUGAAUUGAAUCAAAUAGGUCAUAGAAUUGUUAUUGGAAAAAGCAGAAUAAAGUACACAAAAAGAACAUGUGAUCUGAGUAUCAGGGUGGAGAGGAAUUUCCUGACAGUGAAAUCUGUUAUGAUGUAGUUUCAUUUCCAAGAAAAGUGUUGAGUUCCAUCCCUUCUAGAAUUUAAAUUGAAAGCUGGACAAAAACCAAAGAUUUAUCCUUUCUUUCCCCUUGCCCAGGAAGGAAAAAAAAAUCUGCAUGAUCUAAUGUAUCUUUGCCAUCUCUGUUUUCUAGAAUUUUAUUAGACUUUUCAUUUAUAAACUAUUCCUUAGGAAAGAAUUUAAACUAGCAGUGUUCCCUUAAAUAUAACUAUCAGCUCAUUUGAUUAAUAUGUGCAUUUACUUCCACAGGAUUUACAAUAAACAUGUGUUUUAGUGAAUAACCAUGUCAACUGCUUGUAGAGGGUAAAAUUGGGAAAAUUCACUUGAGAGCCCUAGAAUCUUACAGUAUUAAGACUAGAUUUCUUCUUUAGAGACUCAGUCCAUUUUGGAUUCUUAACAAAUUCUGAUGAAUAAACAAAUACCCUGACCCAUGCUAAGUUCAACAUCCUGCAUUUUGUUCACAGAUUACAUUUUAAAAGGAGAAAAGCUCCACCUGGCCUUUAUUUUAAACAAUGAUUUCAAAGGAAAGGUAGGUCUUUCAAAAUUGCUUAUUAUGACAUCUGGGAUUAAUAGCCAUAAAUUAUAGUAAACAAAGUUUGCACCUGUUCAUAUUAUAAAUAUAAAUUAAAAAGAAUUGCUAUAAUUGCUUUUAAAAUUCCAAAGUGUAGUCGAACCAAUUUGUUUCUCUGUAGCAAGAAGUGGGGUUCAAGUUUCACAAUGUUUAGUAAAAUGUUAAAUACAUAACUGUAAUGUCAAGAAUUUCCUUAAUACAUUUCAUUUAAUUUGGUUGACAAACAUGUAUUGUACCUGAUUUCAUAUUAGUCUUUAAAUUUUAAGAUAUCUAGUCUGCUUUUAUUUAAUCACUACCUCAUUAAACUGUGUCAUUUAUAUUCAGGUAGCUAUUGUACACUUUUGAUUACUAACCAAUCAUCCUUUAGUUGCAAGUCACCAAAACAUAAUGUCAGCAUGAAGGGCAAUUUUGGGGUUCAUAAAUAGGGGGUAUGUACGGGCAUGACUAGAUCCAGGAACCCAGUGAGGUCAUCAUCCUAUCUCCCAUACUUGGCUCUAACCUUUUUUUCUUUCUGGAUUGGUUUUCUGUUCCAGGCUGACUUUCUCUAUGAGGAUACUCUCUUUGGGGUGUGAGGCAGUAAGAUGAGGAUGGUAGAUGACAGCCAUUGACAGUUUCAGCUUACAGCAUCAUCAUCAGUGACCCAAAGCAUGGCAGCAAAUUAUAUAAUACUUCAGGUAGAAUUUUGAUUUUGUCCAGUUUGGUUCAUGCAUCCCUGAGAAGAUAAAGAGAGGAAUUCCCCCCCUCCCCCAGGCAGAGUAGAGGGAACAAGAGAAGAAAGGUAGUUAUUGAGAAUAUAAAUAUAACAGAUGUCGGCUGCACCCUGUUUGAAUUUGAGUAGAAAGAGGUGUCUGAUUUGAAAGAGUAAAAUCCUAAAUUAACUUUGAAACCUUCAUUGGCUUUAACUAAAGAUUUUAAUUCCUGCUUAACAUCACUGCUGUUUUGAGUUGCCAUAAUGGAUAUUUGAGGGGUUUUCUUCGAAAUGUUUUCCAUUUGUGUUUGAUAUCAUGGUGGUACUGGUUUGAUCAGAUGCACAUAGCACCAAUCUUUUUGGUGGAUUUGGAAACUCAGAGU